AUGCCAAAAAUAAACCCCAUUUUUCUUUUUAUUCACUUCCUUCCCCUCUUGCUUUUCCUUCUCAGCCAUGCAACCUCCCAACUUCAUGAUCAGGAACAAGCCAUUCUACUAAGACUGAAACAACACUGGCAAAAUCCAUCGUCUCUCGACCCCUGGACCCCAUCAAAUUCCUCUCAUUGCACUUGGCCUGGAGUUGCCUGCACCAAUAACUCUAUCACUCAUCUCCUCCUUGAUAACAAGAACAUCUCUGGAACAAUCCCACCCUUUCUUUCCGACCUUAAGAAUCUCACGAUUCUUAACUUUUCCAAUAACAACGUGAUUGGAAAGUUCCCUACGGCUGUCUACAACUUGUCCAAGUUGGAGAUCUUAGACCUCUCUCAAAACUUUUUUGUUGGCGCUAUUCCUGAUGACAUUGACUGCUUGGCUCGCCUCUCUUACCUUAACCUUUAUGCAAACAACUUAUCUUGUAAUAUUCCAGCAUCCAUUGGGCGGUUACCAAAGCUAAGUACUCUUCAGCUUCAUGACAAUCAAUUUAAUGGCACUUUCCCGCCAGAAAUAGGCAACCUGUCCAAUCUUGAAGAGUUAUCUAUGGCUCACAAUGGCUUUUUGCCGUCAAGAUUGCAUACCAAUUUCACCCAGCUGAAGAAACUGAAGAAAUUGUGGAUUUCUGGAGCGAAUUUGAUUGGUGAGAUUCCGCAAAUGAUUGGACAAAUGGUGGCUUUGGAGCACUUGGAUUUAUCUUCUAAUGAACUAACUGGGAACAUCCCUGGCAGUUUGUUCAUGUUGAUGAAUUUGAGAGUUCUGUACCUUUACAAGAACAGAUUAUCGGGGGGAAUACCUCAGGUUGUUGAAGCUUUGAACUUGUCAGUCAUCGAUCUUUCAGAGAACAAUUUGACUGGGACACUACCUGCUAAUUUUGGGAAGCUUGACAAAUUAUCAUUUUUGAGUUUGUACUUCAAUCAGUUGUCUGGUGGAAUCCCAGAAAGCAUUGGUCGUCUUCCAGAAUUAAAUGACCUGCGCUUGUUCAGCAACAAUCUAUCUGGCGCACUCCCUCCAGAUCUUGGGCAAUACUCAACUCUUGAAAGCUUCCAGGUAGCAUCCAAUGGUCUUACGGGAAAGCUGCCUGAAUAUUUAUGCCAUGGAGGCAAGUUGAAAGGAGUGGUAGCUUUUGAUAAUAAGCUGAGCGGAGAGUUGCCAAAAUCACUUGAGAAUUGCAGUAGUUUGCUGACAGUUAAAAUUUCAAAUAAUUCAUUUUUUGGCAACAUUCCUGUUGGUUUAUGGACAGCUUUUAACUUGCAACUACUGAUGAUAAAUGAUAAUUGGUUCACUGGGGAGCUUCCUUACGAAGUGUCAAGUAAUCUUUCGCUGCUCCGGAUAAGUAACAACAGGUUUUCUGGUAAAAUUCCCAUCGCAGGGAAUUCUUGGAGUAAGCUGGAGGUUUUUGAAGCCAGCAAUAACCUAUUUACUGGCACUAUCCCUCAAGAAUUAACCGCUCUUCCUAAUUUGACGGUUCUUCUUCUUGAUAAGAACCAUCUCACUGGAGCACUUCCAUUAGACAUCAUCUCAUGGAAGUCACUAAAUACUCUAAACCUCAGUCAAAAUCAACUUUCUGGACGCAUUCCAGAGAACAUUGGUUUCCUACCUGGCCUUGUCAAACUGGAUUUAUCAGAUAAUCAAUUUUCUGGUAAAAUUCCACCACAACUUGGCUUGCUGAGGCUUACUUUUCUCAAUCUCUCUUCCAAUCAUCUAACGGGGCAAAUCCCCACUGAGUAUGAAAUUUCUGCUUAUGCCAAUAGCUUCUUGAACAAUCCUGAUCUUUGUGCUAGCAGCUCAUCCCUAUACCUUAAGGUUUGCAAUUCCAGACCCCAAAAAUCAGGCGACGCCUCAAACCAAUUCCUGGCCUUGAUAUUAAGUACUUUGAUGACGGCCUUUCUGUUUGCUUUGUUACUUUCAUUCAUCAUGAGCAAAGUUCACUGGAAGAGAAACGAUAGAUUGGAUUCAGAAUGGAAGUUCAUCAAAUUCCAUAAGUUGAAUUUUACGGAAUCAAACAUAUUGUCGGGAUUGACAGAAAGCAACCUGAUAGGAAGUGGUGGAUCUGGAAAAGUGUAUCGUGUAGCUGCAAAUGGCUCCAGUGUUGUUGCUGUGAAAAGAAUCAGGAAUAACAGAAAUUUAGACCAGAAGCUUGAAAAGGAGUUCCUAGCAGAAAUUGAAAUACUGGGUACAAUAAGGCAUUUGAACAUAGUGAAGUUGCUUUGUUGUAUUUCCAGUGAGAACUCGAAACUUCUGGUGUACGAGUAUCUAGAGAAUCAUAGUCUCGAUCAAUGGCUGCAUACAGAAAAAAACUCAAAAAGUUCAUCAGCUUCAGCUGAUCAUGUUAUUUUGGACUGGCCCAAGAGGCUGCAGAUUGCAGUGGGAGCUGCCCAGGAGUUCAACGCAAAAAUUGCUGAUUUUGGUUUAGCAAAGAUGUUAAUCAAGCAAGGUGAACUUGCUACUGUAUCAGCGGUGGCUGGUUCUCUGGGUUAUAUAGCUCCAGAGUACGCUCAAACAGUAAGAGUGAAUGAGAAGAGUGAUGUAUAUAGCUUUGGAGUUGUCCUUCUAGAACUAACGACAGGAAAAGCAGCCAACCAUGGUGAUGAGGAUACAUGCCUUGCCAAAUGGACAUGGCGUCACAUGCAAGAAGGAAAACCUAUAGUCGAUGCCUUCGAUGAGCAGAUAAAGGAACCUUGUUAUUUGGAAGAGAUGAGCAAUGUUUUCACACUGGGUGUUAUUUGUACCAGUAUAUCGCCUUCUGAAAGGCCGAAUAUGAAGGAGGUUUUGCAAAUCUUGCUUGGAAUGAGCCGCCGAUCGGUCCAUGGAGUGAAGAAUACGGGACAUGAGUAUGCUUCCACUCCUUUGCUUAAGAACUCAAAACGCGAGAGGUUGUACGAGAGUGACGCCAGUUUGGCAUCCAAUGUCUAA